UUACAGAUGCAUUUUAGAAAACGUGACUGUGGAUUGAUAAUGGCUACUAUUGAUAUAUUAAACUCCCAUGAAAUGAUAAAAGCACGAGCAGUGAAAGUCGACCAGUGACCUUCAUUUCGAUCUUUGUGACAUUGUGUAAUACAUGUACAUACCCUGUCACGUCACAUGGAAGAUAACAGUGUUUUUGUUACAUUACAGGAAACAUGAACUUGUUAUAAAGGCUUAAUAUACUGAUAGGUCUUGAGGCGGGUCAUCUGUUUCAGUUUCAGACUUCUGUAAAGCCGAAAUAUCACGUCAUGUACAUAUCUAUGAAGGGGACGAUGCCUUGAGGGAGUUGUACCAGAAGGGAGGAUGUUUAAGGCGGUUCUCCUGGGGGAAGCCGGUGUCGGCAAAUCUUCUAUUUUCUUACGUCUGAAGGAAAAUGUCUUUGGAGAAAGACUUCAACCCACGGUGGGGAUAGAAAGCUGUUCGAAAGUUGUGAGGAUUGAUAACCAGACCAUCACCCUUUCCAUCUGGGAUACGGCUGGGGUAGAGAGAUUCAAGACUAUCACCAGAAAUUAUUACCGCAACACACACGCCGUCUUCUUGGUUUUUAGCUGCGACAAUCCGUCCUCUCUGCAUUAUCUCUCUCAGUGGGCAGACGAUUGUUCCCGCCAUGCCCCAAAAGCAUUGAAAUUUCUCAUUGGAAACAAGACCGAUUUGGAAAGACUAAUACCGGUAGAAAACAUAGACAACUUUGCGGCGGGGUUUGAAUGCGAAGACACCUACUUCAUGAGCGCUAAAACUGGUGCUGGAGUUGAUGAAAGUUUUCAAAGAAUUGGAGAACGAUUGAUGGACGUUUUCAAUACUCCAUUAAUAGUCGAAUCUCAUUAUAAUGAAUCUAUUGAAAUCACCAAAUUCCAACCUUCCAGGAGUGGUUGUUGUCAAUGACCAUCUCACUAACAGGUCUGAAGGCCAUAAACAUUUUGAAAAUCCGGGAAAAAAACUUGUAAAUAUUGCCACAAUGAUCUACAUCUGACCCUUAAAUGCAACAUACUAGUGGCAGAUUUAGAGGGAGAGCUUGCCACAAAAUUUAAUGUAAAACUCCAGAUUUGGCACUCAAAAUGGCAGAGAAUUUUGACUAAUGGCAAAUGCUUGACUUUUACAUGUGCCCCCCUCCCCUUAAGGAAAUCAUGGAUCUGCCACUCAUAUAAUUUCCAAAUAUUGUCAAGAGCCAACAUCUGCCCCUUGUAUGUUACUGUACCAUUAUUAUGAUUAUUAAAACAUGGACACAAAAA